AUGCUUCUUAGAAGGCUACUGACUUGGGCCCCCUUUCCAGGUUAUUCUCUCAAAUGUGGGCUUGAAAUACAUACUCAACUCAAGACAAACCAUAAGCUUUUCUCGCUUUCAAAGAAUUCACCCGAUUCGGCUCCGAACGCUAACACUUCCUACUUUGACUAUGGCCUCCCGGGAACAUUUCCUAAGCUCAAUCCUGAAGCAUUACUUCUAGCGCUCAAGGCAGCAGCAGCUUUAAACUCAGAUAUCAGUGAACUUUCCCAUUUUGAUAGGAAGCAUUACUUUUAUCUCGAUCAGCCCUUGGGUUAUCAACUCACUCAGCAUCAUAGGCCCUUGGCUAAGAACGGCAGCUUGACCUUGACAAAGAAGUAUGAUAACGUUGAGAAGGAUCAUGAAAUCAGAAUUGAGCAGAUCCAGCUUGAGCAGGACACUGGAAAGCUCAAUUACAACGAGUACGACGGGACCAUCACAAUAGACCUCAACAGGGCCAACGUGCCUCUUAUAGAACUAGUGACUAAACCAGAUUUCACUCAUAUUGACCAAGUUAAAGCGUUCGUUAGAAAGUACUUGACUUUGAUGUCACAUCUUGGUGUGUGCUCCGGUGAUAUGGAAAAGGGCGCCAUGAGGUGCGACGUGAACAUCUCAGUCAAUGACGGGAAGAGAGUGGAAGUCAAAAAUUUGGGCUCCACUUCUGAGAUUGUUGCCGCGGCAACGUACGAAUACUAUAGACAAGUUGAUCAAUUGAAAACAUCAAAUGAAGAAAUCAUGCAAGAAACCAGAGCAUGGGAUGGAAAGGCAACCAUUAGAAGAAGGGAUAAAGAAGAUGCUAACGAUUAUAGAUACUUGCCUGAUACAGAAAUUCCAUGCGUAUACUUGGAUGCAAAGAUUGGUGACGAGAUUCGUGCCAUCUUGCCUGAAUUACCAGACCAGAUUCUUGAUAAGCUUACACAAGAACCUUAUGGAUUGGAAGUUAAGCACGCACGUUUCCUUGUUGACAAUGUGGACAUUAUUGGUUACUACUAUGACUUGUAUGAAUACGGAUGUAUUGGGGCAAUGCUUCCUGUUAGAACGGUGAACAAUUGGCUUCUUCACGAAUUGAUUGGAGCAUUUAAAAAGCUUGAAUUACCUUUUGAUCGCACAAUGAUCUCACCUAGAAACUUGACUGUGUUGAUGGUUAUGGUCAACAAAAAGAAGAUUACGUUUUCCUCUGCUAAACUUCUUUUGGUACAACUUUUGAGCGGGCCCGCUGAAGAUAGGCUGCUCUCGAUGCACGAGCUUGUUGAGAAGUAUGAUUUAGGUUCAGCAAAUGCAGUGCCGACUGAAGACCUAGAUCAAGCUGUCUCUGAGAUCUGUCAGGAGAUUAUUGAUGCGAACUCGGACGUUGUUGCCAGAAUAAGAGGAGGUAAGAGAAAAUCGCUCAACCACUUAAUCGGACUUGCCAUGAGACAGACUCUGGGUAAGGUUGACUCUAAGGAAUUUGAAAAAGCAUUCAUUAAACUAAUUGGAUAA